AUGAGCUGCGACUGGGCACAACUCAAAGAGCGGCGGGACAAGGCCCAUGCCGGUGUCAAAGCUGCCUCGAGUACUCCGGCUAUUUCCUCCGCACCGUCAGCUCCGGCCAUGACGAGCUCCGCAGAGGCCGAGUCACGUGAGUUGCCCAUGAACGGUCGCUCGCGAUCCAUCGACAUUUAAGAUGCUCAUUUAAGGGAUAUGUGCUCUGAAAAACUUAGUUGCUAAGCCAUCAGCACCCUUACAAGCCCCAAUGACGGAUUCACCCUCGCUGAAGCCAGUGACGACAACGCCGACGAACCCGGAAGAGCCCUCGACGAACAAACGCUCAACGAUGAGCUACACCGACCUUCCCUCAACGCUUUCGAUCCAGGACCUCCCUAACCGAGGUCGGGGCGUGGUCUCGACGACCGACAUCACAGUCGGUACGUCCUUUCCUCCACCUUCCUUCCCUCAUCAGGAAAGCUCAUCUCCCUCUUUCUUCUCCCAUUAGGUACGACCCUCCUCAAUACGAAACCCUUCCUCUCCCUCUUGGACAACGCGAACCUCCGUCUGCGAUGUUCGACUUGCCACGUCAACGAGAUGGAGAUGAACGUCAAACAAGCGUUGCUGCAAUGCUCGGGAUGUCGAGUCGUGAGGUAUUGUUCAAAGGUGUGUCUCGUCCUCCCGAGCUGGCUUCAAUUCCUUCAAGGGAACGCCGCGCUCAAUCUACUUUGACUCUGAACGCCCAUAGGUAUGCCAGAAAUCAGAUUGGAAAGACCACAAACCCGAAUGCGACGCGAUGAAACGCUGGAAAGUGCAAGGGACUGAACGAUCGACCGCAAGCAAAUCGUCCGAAUUUCCUGAUACGAGGAUACGCGCGCUUGCGAGGGUAUUGUGGAAGUUUGACAAGGAGGGCAAAGUGGCUGUGAGUGGAAGUUUGAGUUGAUGGCUGGGGGUUGGGGUAGGUGUAUUGGUGAUUGAGACGAUUGUGCGUAUGUUCACAGCAAGAUGAAUUCGCUUCACUUUACGCUGGUACGUUCACCCUUUUCUCGAGACUAGGUUCCCGAAACUGAUCCUCACUCCUCUCUAUCAGGCGACUACCUCAAACACGAGAUGACGGAAGAAAAUGGCUCGUGGCUUAUGAGUUUGAACGAAUACGUGACCCCGGCCAAGUUGAGGGAGUACAUCCCUUCCGUCGAAGCGUGGAAAAAGAUAUGCGCUCAGGUGAGAUCACUGUGUCAUCGGGCACUGAGUGAGGAAUGGUACUGAUUGCCCUAUUGAAAGCCUUUUUCAACCGCAGUACGAUCUUAACUCCUUCGCCCUCACAACGCCCUAUCUCGACACCGUCGGCGUCUCGAUAUCCCCUCUCGUCGCCCUCUUCAACCACUCCUGCCAAGCCAACGCCGUCAUAGUAUUCCCCUCCAUACCUUCCCCCUCCAGAAACCCCGCAUACAUGCGCGUCGUCGCCAUCCGCCCUAUUAAAGAAGGCGAAGAAGUCGUGACGAGUUAUGUUGAUCCUUUGUUGACGCGGGGGAGGAGGAGGAAGGAGUUGAGGGAGAGGUAUGGGUUUGAAUGUUGUUGUGCGGUUUGUGAGGAGGUGGGAGUGGAUAAGAGGGAGAGGGUGUUUUGCAAGAAUGGUGCGAAAGGGUGCGAAGGGGAGAUCAAGCUUUUAGGUCAGUCAGGUUGUAGUCGUCACGCCGCGCUACAUCGACAAGUUGACCUUCCCCUCUCCCUUCGACCAGACUCGACCCAAACGGACCUCGACCCUACUUACUACUGCGCGACGUGCCACCCCCACCCCUCCUCCACCCUCGCAAGCCAAAUCGAGCCCCUCCUGACCCGCGUCGAGACCUACCUCCUCUCCCCCUCCUUCGGCCAAGCGACCGACUCGAUCCCCCUCCUCGAGCUCCUAACCCACCUCACCAAGCACCUCAAACCCACCUCUUACCCUCUCCCGUCUCUCCUCCAAGCUUUACUCACUUCGCUCCUCGAUCGAACGAUGUUCAUCGAAGCUUUGGGCGUCGCUAAUCAACUCCUAGUCAGCCUGGACGAGAUCCAUGGUUUCGACCAUCCUCAUCCAACCAAAUCCGUCGUCCUAGCGGCGAUCGUCAAGUUGCGUGUCGCCUCGAGGGACGAAGGCGACGUCGACAAGUAUUGGCUCGAUACACAGGGCCUCUACACCACCUGGGAUUAUGCUAAAAGGGCUGUGAGGGAGGUGGAGAAGAGUUUCGGGCAGGGGAGUCGAUUGGGGGAGGAGAUGAGGAGUAUGGAGGCGACGACGCAACAGGCGGUGGGGAUGCAUAAGGCUUUUUCGAACGUAGGGCGUGGCCCGAGCUAG